GAGAUGCCUUCAUAUUUUGGAGUUUCCCCCAUCCUGAGCAGGGAUCGCAGUGUUGGCUGCUAAUUAUCAGUGUCGUGUUUUGGUUGUAGCAGUGACACUAAACUUGGGAUGAAGAUGAGUUAUGUGAAACUGGAGGAGAGCAUCAUGUCGUACCUGUCGCAGAGCGAGACUCGCACCAGCCCCAAAGACUUGAAUGUGGUGGCCCUUCUUCAUAACUUCUGGGAGCAGAAGCACGGAGCUCCGCUCACUAAUCCACCCAGUGAAUCAGAAGGUUUUGGUGGGAAGAUGCAGACAGAAAGUCUUCUGUUGUACGAGUCUGCACCUUCUCCUGGUCCUCCAUACAUCUGCUACGUCACACUUCCUGGAGGAAGCUGCUUUGGCAACUAUAAAGUGUGUGACACUCAAGCGGAGGCUCGCCGGGACGCAGCUCGUGUGGCUCUGAUGAACUCGCUCGUCAACGAGCUGCCUUGUCGACGAAUCAGCUCCGAGUUCAUUACACAGAGCUUGAAUCAGGCAGUCAGAGAGAGUGCUGUCUCUUCGGAUGAUGCGUGCGAUUCGAGCACCAGUAUAGGAACCUACAGCCUGCUGCUGCACUCCUACAUGGGAAGGACCAUGCUGGAGUUCCAGGAUAUGAUGACUGUUUUCCAGUUAUUGCACUGGAAUGGGACACUGAAGGCUCUAAAGGAAAGGCAGUGCUCUCGACAGAGUGUGAUUUCCUAUUACUCUCAGCGGGGCCUUGAUGAGUACAUGCGGAGCAGCAUGGCUCUGGAUUGGCUGGGACGGGAGCAGAGGUCACCAGGGCUUCUUGGAGCGGAGCUGCAGGUGGCGCAGCGAGAGCUGGUGCUGGCCCGACGUCAAGGCACAGAGCUACGCUUCUUCAAGGAAAAAACAGAGAUCCUUAGCUUGGCUCUGAGCCAGUUAUAUAUUCACCACACACCUGACGUCUUUGACCAGGUGUUGAGUGACACAUGCCAGCAAGAACAGCUUCCUUUACACAUAUUGUACAACCAGGAUGCAGGAGGCCAGGUAUCCUCCCCCUGUGGUCUUUCACCAGCUCUUCAUAAUAACGCAACACAAUAUUUGAACACUGAGGUGCCCUGUAGAAGCUCUUCACCAUGUUCACAGCAGAUAUUUAUGCCUUUAAAUAAGCUUGAAUAA